UAUACGUAUAUACCUCACAUGUUCCUACACACCUCAUAUUAGAGUCUGCCACAUUGACAGUGUAUACGGCAAAGAAAGGUAUUGUGUUUAAUUUGUUAAUAUUUUUAUUGUUUUGCCAAAAUGGAACUUAAAUUACUGGAGAGAAUGAAAAAACUUGGGUACAAUGGUCAGCUGACAGACCCCAAUAAAUUUAAGGAGGCUGUAAAACAAGGUCCAAAAUCUCCAGAAUUUACAAAGCUUGUAGCAUGGUUAGCAGAUGAGAUUGCAAUACUCAAUGAUAUUGAUGAAACUAUUCAUGCCAUAAUGUCUCCAGAUGAUUCUAGUUCUUUCCUCUUAGAGUUAAGCUGUUUUCUUAAAGAAUUAGGAUGUAUGAAUGAGAGAUUAAUGACUGGUAAUGUUAAUACAAGAUUAGCAACUGAACAAGAUAGGUACAUUUUGUUAGAUUUUUUAGGAGCAGAAUUAAAAACUUGCAGAUUAUUAGAAUUUAGGAAGCAUAAAAGUUCGAAUUCCAUGGCUGUCGUUGUUGAAGAGAGUGACACAGCUAAAGAUCUUAAAGAUAUGUCAAUAGCUUUAAAUUUUGAAAGGCCACCAAAUGAUAUCACUUCUGAGAAACUUUUUACAAGACUGCAAAAUAAAUUGACUGAAGUGUUAAAAACGGCUCCUUCUGAGCUUGUAGGCCAACCAUUAAUUAGUCAUCAAUUCUCAGAAGCAGAUUGGAAUGAUCUUCAACAUUUACAACAAGAGUUACAUGAUGAAUACAGAAUGCGCCGUGAUAUGUUGCUCAAGAGGCUCGAUGUAACAGUACAAUCUUUUCUAUGGUCAGACAAAGUAAAAGCUCAAGAGGCUGAGUUAAAUAGACAAUAUGAAGAAACUAGGAAACUUUUGAAUGCAGAACCAGAUAUUACAUUUGCUGAUUUACUAGCAGCAAGAGAUGAUAUUGCAUUAAUGGAGAAAACAAGCAACGCAAGUGUUAGGAAAAAUACUCAAAGUGAAAUUAAUAGAGUUAUUAUAGGAGAGGUACCAGACAGAGGUGGAAGACCAUAUGAACAAGAACCACCACCUCCCGAAAUGCCACCUUGGCAAAAGGAUAGAGUACCUGGACCUUUAACUUCUGGCGGAGGUCGAGGAGGUGGUAGAGGUGGUGGGCGUGGAGGUGGCAGUUUUCAAAGUUCUAAUUCUUACACCAGUGAUAAUAGAAAUUCAUACAGCAGUAAUACUGGUUAUGUAGACAAUGGAUAUCAGGGUUCCAAUUAUGCUUCUAAUAGUGGUGCAUAUGGUGGACAAGGAGGAGGAUAUGGAGGAAAGCAAGGAGGAGGAUAUGGAGGAGGUCAAGGAGGCAGUUACGGAGGAGGAGGUCAAGGAGGCGGUUACGGAGGAGGAGGUCAAGGAGGUGGUUACGGAGGAGGAGGCCAAGGAGGUAGUUAUGGAGGAGGAGGCCAAGGAGGUGGUUACGGAGGAGGAGGCAGAGGAGGGCAUGGUGGCGGCUAUGGUGGACAAGGAGGUGGUUAUGGAGGCGGUGGAAAUAAUACUUACGGCGGAGAUAACAGAGAUGGAGGAUACAAAUCUGAAUAUAAAGGCGGACAACAGUAUCAAAGAGGAGGUAGUGGUAAAGGAAGAGGAGGUAGAGUUCAGGGAGGCUGGAAUCAGGGUGGCGCCAAUUCUGGAACAGAUAACUAUCAGCGUGGUGGAUAUAAUCGUGGAGGAGGUCGAGGAGGACGACAAUACUAAAAUAUUUUAUGUAAAAUAUUAUUCUUAUGCUUAUAA